UGUGAUUCACAUGUCUUCAUACCGUACUUGAUAGUCACUAAGCAAUCGCAGCAUGAAUAAUCUACAACAGCCCUUUGCCCAACGUUAUGAAACAUUCCGCCCUCAACACAAACCAAUUACUAUAAAUGCUUCCAACUGAGUGCAGUUACUCAUAUGGCACUGCUCCAGCAGCUCCAACAGUAUGACUGAUUUGAAAACCGGGCUCCGGCUCCUACUCCUAUCACUGACCAUCGGAUCAUCGGUCGGACAAACUGAACCCCCCAACGAUGCGGAAACAAUGCUACUCGAUUUUGUCCCAUUUUUCAAAAUACCUUUGAAAAUAGCCAUCUUUGUGUGCUGGCCAAACGAAAAAUCAGCCGAACUUGUCCGGCGCAUGAUGAUGACCACGACGCAGAGCCCGCACCUGAUGCAGCUGCACAACGACUCGUUGGAGAAUGUGGCACUGUUGGACACCUUGGAGCCCCAUCAACAUUUGGCAGUGAUUGACGUGGCCUGUCCCAACAGCGAACGAUUUUUGACGCAGGCGGGUUAUCGGAUAUAUCACAGAAUCCGAUGGGUUUUGCUGGAUAGUGAAGCGGUGGGUUUCGAUGGGCGGGAACGACGGGAGAGUAAGGUGCUGAAUUUGCUUGGUGGAAUGGAAGUGACCGGUAACUGCGAAGUGUUCUAUUUUACGUGGUCCGAUGGAGGAGAUUUGCUGGUGAAAGAUGUUUACAGAAUUUCGAUGCCUUCGGGUCUCAUAAGCAAUGUUGUGGCUAUCUGGCGGAAUGGCACUUUUAACGAUCAACGAAUGGGCCUCUCUACGGCUGUCAGGCGAAGAAAUCUCCAACAAACAGCCAUUAGGACCACAGUCGUUUACACGGAUAAUUACACUUUGCAUCACUUUGAAGAUUAUGAGAACCCGCAAAUUGGUACGCCAUGCCGUACUUCAUACCACUUGGCAAGAAUACUAUAUCAUUUUUAUCUCAAUGCCACCAUGGAGAAGCGUUUUACUUCCAGCUGGUGUUAUCCCAACGCGCUGGGACUUUGUGGCGAUUUUAUCGACAAUCGAACAGAAGCUACUGCUACGGUGCUGCUGAUUGUGGCAUGGCGAUUGAAUUACGUUGCAUACCUGAAGACACCGAUUUUCGCACACGUACGGUUUAUCUACAAAAUGCCCAACCUGUCCAUGACGGAUAACAUUUUUGAGUUGCCAUUUAACACCAACGUGUGGGCUUGCACUUUUGCUUUGGUUGUUCUUUCCGGUGGGCUGUUUGCGGGUGCUCGGGCAGUCGGGAAAAGGAAAUACCGCGAACAUUUGGAACUGAUUGAUUCCGCUUUCAACGUAAUCCCAAUAGCAGCGCAACAAGGUUCGAUCAUCGAAGCCAAGGGAAUCGGAUUGAGAACAUUUAUUCUGGUGACUCUGAUUGGAUUGAUGGCCUUGGAGGUGAGCUUUUCGGCAAAGAUUAUCUCGCUGAUUCAAGCACCGUCAAGAAGGAUAAACACUUUGAAGGAUCUGCUGGAGUCCAAACUGGAGGUCGCUGCCGAUGAUACUGUUUAUAAUCGUCAUUUUCUUUCGACAGCUACGGAACCAGUCCGUCGGGAGCUAUACGAAAAGAAGCUCUUAUUGAAAAAUGGAUCGAUGAACGUGUAUGGUAUGGAAGAUGGUAUUGCAAGGGUGCGAGAGGGCCUUUUUGCAUAUCACCUCUACGCUUCCACCGGCUACAAGAGGGUGAGUGAGACUUUCGACGAAGUUGAAAAGUGCUACCUGAGGGAAAUGAAGCUUGUGCCCACUAGCAUAGGAUACUUGUCUGUUAAGCUGAACUACACUCUUCGGGAACACUUCCACGUAGGUCUGAUGAGGAUGUUCGAAGCGGGAGUCCACAACCGGGUGUACAACAAAAUGCAUACCAGUAAGCCAAGCUGCGUCAAGGGAGCAUCGUUCCGACCCUUGGGCUUAAUAGACAUCAAAUUUGCUGUUGAUCUCAUGUGCUGGGGGUUGGCCACGGCUCUCCUAAUACUCCUCCUAGAAUCCCUCUGGAGAAAGUACAAAAUCUCACGCAUUCCAUUGUUCCAGUACAUAGAAUAGCAGAGCAAACUUUGGUACGAAAAUAUGUUAAUUCUCAAUGCAAACCACUUACAUGCACCGCAUCCAUCCCGAACAAUAAAGUUCAUUCGGAGUUAAUUGUUUAUGAGAGCAGAACAUUCGGGCUCAAAAACUUCGCACUCAACCGGAAAAAUGAUAUCCCUCUCCUCGUUUGCUUUGACAGAAACUUUAUGCCCCUAACUGGCACGCCCGUGCCCGAGAUUUUCACACACCGGGGAGAAGUGUACAAAAUGUCUCAUACUUGACACGUUUAUUCGGUGAAAACCUACAUGUUGAA